AUGGUGGCGACGAUGUUUACUUCUCUAUCCUCUCUUUCUGCGACACCAAAGCCAUACUCAUCCCAGGCCUUAACCCAACGAACUCAUUACAACGUUUCUUACUCGUUCUCACUCCUUCAAUCGCAACGGACUGUGAUGUUCGACACUGCGAAUACAAGUCCAGCUUCGAUCAGACGACUCUUUCCUGAGUUUUCUCUAUGUUUCUACAAAGAUCGAUAUAAAUCUGGCGGAGAAUUUGAGUGCCCUCAGACUCUCGGUUGUUUUCAAGAAGGGAAACCCGAUGGGACAGGAGCCAUGAAAAGCAUUGAAGAAUCUGAUGUAGGAAUCGUCUGCUACGUCUCUCAGCUCCCUGGUUUCCAAGGCAUUCUUAAGCAGAGGUAUUCUGAUUUUAUAGUAAAUGAAGUGGAUUUGGAUGGCAACGUGGUUCAUUUGACGUCUCUAGAUGCUGCACCUGAGAUUGUUGAAGAAAAAGAAACAAAGAUAUCUGAUCAACCUAACAAAAGCUAUGACACUGAAAUUGAAUUAUUUAGAACUUUGGCUGGUGAUUCAGAUGCUGAUUCUCUCAAAGCUUUUAUAGAACAGAUUAGUUCUGCCAUUGAGGACAAUGUUGAACCCAUUGUGAUUUCUCCAAGUUCUGAUAAGUUGCAUCGGACGGCAAUGCAUAAUUUUUUCAAGGAGAAACUUAAGUUUCUUGUUACUGACACCAUAGAUGGACCAGACCCCUCAUCAAAAUGCAUUCGCGUGAGGUUAAAUUCAGGAGGGAAUAAUGGCAGAGGUAGAAACUCAAAGAAACGGAAAGAGAGGUGUGAGAUGCCAUAUGACAGUAGAGGUUCGGACAGUUGGCCAGAACGUCUGGGCAAGUUCCUGAGGUUUCAUCUUUACAAGGAGAACAAAGACACCCAGGAAGCCUUGGGACUUAUUGGAAAGAUGCUGGGCAUUCAGAUGAAGUCAUUUGGAUUUGCUGGUACAAAAGAUAAGCGCUCUGUAUCAACUCAGAGGGUAACUGUUUUCAAGCAGCGAGCAGGUAGAUUAGCAUCUCUUAACGAGAGGUUGAUUGGUAUAAAAGUUGGUGACUUUUGCCAUGUCAAUGAAGGACUUCUUCUUGGGCAGCUUCAUGGAAACCGAUUCACAAUUACAUUAAGGGGGGUUGUUGCAGAUGCUGAAGAUGUAAUAAAAGCAUCUGCAGAUGCCUUAGGAAAACAUGGAUUCAUUAACUACUUUGGUUUACAACGAUUUGGAAGCGGUUCAGUGCCAACUCAUCUCAUUGGAGCCGCAUUACUAAGAGGGGAGUGGAAAGAUGCAGUGAGCAUGAUUCUUGAUCCAAGAGAAGGGGAUAUCCUUUUAUUAUAUCAAUAUUGGAUACAAAAGGAUGCCAUAAGUAGGGUACGUGAAUAUUAUAAAGAAUGUGGUGAUAUUGAAGGGACCCUGAGGCAAUUACCUCGCAAUCUGGUUGCUGAACGGGCUAUAGCUUCCAAGGUGAAGGACUUGAAGGAUUAUGAGAGUCAAAAGUGA